AUGCCUUCGCCCCCAAUGUCCUCCCCCCCGAGCCCGCCAUACAACCUCGACCCGCCCUUCAGAGGCUACAUCGAAUCCACCUUGGACGCCCUGCUCGUAUUCGAAGCAGCCCGCCGCGGGAUGAUCCCCCGCGUGACCAGGCGCCUGAUAGAGCGCGAGCGGGGGAUGGUGCAGAGUGGAGCGGUCUUUGUAUUUGACGAGCAUGAGAGUGGGAUCAAGCGGUGGACGGAUGGGCUUGUCUGGAGCCCGAGUAGGAUCAUGGGAAACUUUUUGGUGUAUAGAGAAACGGACAAAAGAUCGUCCUCCAAAGCAUCCAACUCGCCCACCCAGACUUCGCCUCCGUCCAACUCCAACACCCUCGCCCGGCCUACAUCGUCAUCUGCCACCCCGCACAAAUUUGAAGCCCAGGCUGUCCUCCCGCACAUCAACACUUCCAUCGCCGAAGCCAACGGGGAACCAUCGCCCCUCGGCCAAGGUGCCCUCGCCCGCCCGAAAAGCUCGAGUGAAGGUAGUGGGAAUAUGGAUAGGCAGAAGGAGAGGCAGCUAGUCGGGAGCUUGACGAAUAGCUAUAAGUUCAAAAAGGGUGGUCUGGUCAAGAAGACCAUGUCGGUAUCUGUCAAUGGGUUCGCCCAGCAUGUGGUGUCCUACUAUGCGAUCGACGAUGUCAUCAACGGCAAGCUCAGAUCACCGUCGUCUAUUCCAGAGCUGGCGUCGCUCGAGAUCAGUGCCGAGUACUUGCAGAAGCAAAACUUUAGGUUCCCGCCGCAGGUCGAAGUCGGGCAGGACGGUAUCCCUCGCUACAGAGGCGAACCCGAGGAACCUACUUCGCCCCAUACCCCAGCCACCAACUACUCUUUCCAGGCGUACCAACAACAACCUCCUCCCGCCGGUGCGGACUACUACGACCCCGUCAACGCCUAUCUCCACCAACAUCAACAGCUCCACCGCAUGUCCUCUCCCCGCUCCCGCCCUGUCAACGUACCCAUGCUCGUACCCCUCCCCUCCCCCGCGCACUCGAUGCAAGGCUCGUCCUAUAUGGGCCCCUCUUCUGCCGGUUCGGGCACGUUCUACAGUGAGAGUCCGGUCAACGGGAUGGGCUACGCCCCGCCUCUUGUCAGGCAGAACAGUGGGAGCAGCGUGACGAGUACGGGGAGUGCGAUCAGGCCUGGGAGCGGGGCAAGUCGACGGUAUACGCCGUAUGGGCCUGGGAACAGGAAUUCCAAUGGGUCUUCGGUGGGGUACCAAGUGCAUGCGCGCCGCACGUCUGACGGCAGCCAAAACUCGCCGUACUCUCCUGACGCUUCAUACGAUAUCAAGCCCACCCCUAGCCCAUACUAUCACACGCCCGACACUGCGCCGAGCACCUUUUCGUCCUUCUACCCCCCACCAGAGGGACAUCAUAUGGAGCAGAUGGCGUCGCCCACGUAUCCGGGUUAUGCGCCUUGGCAGAUCCACCCUAGCCAGCAAGGAGGGCAGGGACAGACGUCGAGGCUGAUUCCGACAAGGCAAGAGUACGCUGCGCCCCCGCCUCUGGGGCCACCUCCUCCCGGACACGGGCGUCACCUCAACCCACCUUCUUCAUCCGGUUCAGGCGAUUCGGGCUCGUCCGAUGCGCCCCCCGCCCUCCCGCCUCUGCACCACCACCCGCACCAUGCGCCGCCUCAUUAUCAUCCGCACGGCAGCAGCGGGGGAGGGCAAGAGUUGCAGAGGGAGUGGUCUCAUCAGAGUCAGGGGAAUGUGCCGCAUGCGCCUGGGUGGGAAGGGAUGGGUGUUGGGGCUGGGACGCCUAGUCCAGAGUAUGGGGUGCCGAUACAUCAGCAGCAUGAGGAGUGGAGGCAGGGCGCCGGGACCAUGGCGUAG